GAUUUCCUGUAUACAAUUGAAAUGAAUCCUAGUUAUAUAACUUUCAUCAUGCUAAAUGUAGUGUUGUAUAAUCGUACCAGUUAAUAGUACAGUAACCGUGUAAUACCCAUGAUAUGAAUUAAGAGAAAUCUGGAAACGUGGUUACAAAAUCAAUUCUCCCAUUCAAGGUCCAAUGAAACUAGCGACCAAAAACGUAACGCGUUUUGUGAGCCACGGAUACUCUAGUUUACCAUAACAUAUUGAGGAUCAAUAACUUUUGGAGAAAUUGUAGCAUUCUUUAUUCCGUGUAUAUAUCUUAACGACUUCGUAUCCAAAUGCAAUGUGCAUUCAAAACAAAUAUCUAUUAUGACAGUAAACAUUUACCUAAGGGUUCAUGUUCAGAUGCGACUUACAUUUAAGCAGGGACUGGUCGCAAACACAUCAUUUUAUGGAAGUAAUGGCUAUUAUAACUACUACUAUCUCAGUUGUGUUGGUCUUUGUUGCUACAGGGACAUUAUUUGUGGCAAAUGGAACGGCGACAAAUUCCAGUCAAGAUGAAUUCCGAGAGAUGCAAGAGUUCCUGAAUUUUCUUUCUGCGUUACAAUACGACACAAGAAUACGACCUGGCCUGGACACAGGUAAUCCAACUCUUGUGAACGUCAGCAUGCAUUUCAAUUUCAUCGCUGAUUUAAGUGAUGUUUCAAUGGAUUUUACAAUCAACAUAUUUUUACGGCAAAAUUGGAAUGAUCCACGACUUGCGUUUGCUGGAAACACCAGCGGUUUGGACUCUGUGACUCUCGGGGAUUCAACCCGCAAUGAUAUAUGGGUGCCAGAUCUAUAUUUUAUGAAUGAGAAGAACUCCAGGUUUCACACAGUUACUACCCCCAAUAGAAUGAUCAUCAUUUCUGCUAACGGAGAUAUAAUGUAUUCGCAGAGGCUAACGGAGACUCUCAGCUGCGCCUUUAAUUUAGCGAACUUUCCUAUGGACAAACAAGCUUGCAGAAUAAACAUUGAAAGUUAUGCUUACAACAUCAAUAAUCUGGUACUAUCCUGGAAGGAAACUGACCCCUUAUCUUUUGCCAAAGACGCGGGAAGAAAUUUAGCCGAUUUCACACUAAUGGGAACAACCACUGGUGACUGCAGCACGAUUUAUCCAUCAGGCGGGUACACCUGCAUUUAUGCCGAGAUGUCCUUUCGCAGAGACUUGAACUAUUAUCUAAUCCAAGUGUAUGCGCCUAGUGUAGUCGUUGUGCUCCUGUCCUUCGUCAACUUUUGGAUAGACCCUACAGCUGUGCCCGCCCGCACCACCAUUGGGAUCAUCACCAUCCUGACCAUUAGUACCCAGAGUGUCUCGGUGCAGUCGGGGCUGCCAAGGGUAUCUUACGUCAAAGCCAUAGACGUGUGGAACUCCGUGUGCUUGGUAUUCGUAAUGGCGUCCAUGUUGGAAUACGCCGUUGUCAACUUUCUCUUGAGAAGAAAAAAGGCAGAAGACGUAAAGGAAUUGACUAAACCAGAUGAGGCCAGUGAGCUACCAGGCCAUUCUUCCACACCAUCAGAGUCGUCAUGGGUCGGUGUGAAAACAUCACCGCUGAUCCACUGCGCCAAAAGGACGCCCGCAGAAAUGGUCGAUUAUACAUCGCGGUACCUCUUCAUCUCUGCAUUCUUUUUGUUUAACACUGUAUAUUGGUCUGUGUACCUGCCUUCGUAUUAAGCAUGCACGACCGAUGGUUCCACGAGGGAGAAAGUGUCGAAGAGGGUUUUCGGUCUGACUUCUAUAUCAGGCAACUUACAUUAAAUGGAUAUAAAAAAUACAGUAAGUAAAAAGAAAGUUAAGAGGUACAGAGACAAAUUUUUUCAGCACCCGAAUGUUAUCAAAUAUAAACACCU